AUGGCCACCAACACAGAUCAUAACGCUGUCAACUCGGCAGUCAACGGCGACACCUCUUCCCAUGCCCAGGACUUCGAAAAGGCCACUCGAGGAAUGAGCCACGAGGAGAAGACGGCGGCUCAAAAUGCUGCUCGCUUCGGAUAUGGCCCUUUGGCUCAUAUGCGCACAAACUUGGAUGCCACUCUCCCUGCUUUCGGUGGUGAAUUCCAACCCGGUCUCUACAGAGGCGUUGAGAAACGCAAGUUCGCCAACCCAGCUCCCUUGGGCUUGUGCGCUUUCGCCUUGACCACCUUCGUCCUCAGCUUGAUCAACUUGGGGACCCGAAAUGUCAAAGUCCCUGCCAUCGUCAUCUCUCUCGCCUUUGGUUAUGGUGGUCUCGUGCAGCUUCUGGCUGGCAUGUGGGAAAUGGCAGUCGGCAACACUUUCGGUGCCACCGCUUUGUCCUCCUUUGGCGGCUUCUGGAUCUCCUUUGCCAUUAUCCUCACCCCCGGCGGCUUCCAGAUCGAAUCUACCAUCGAAACCCAGCAGAACACCAAGGCCCUGUUUGAUUGUUUGGGCUUUUAUUUGAUGGGCUGGUUCAUCUUCACAUUUCUCCUCCUCAUCUGCACCCUCAAGUCCACCUUGGCCUUCUUCCUCUUGUUCUUCACCCUGGACUUGGCCUUCUUGAUGCUGGGCUGCUCGUACCUGGUCCUCGAGAACGGCGCACCUCACACUGGCCUGACCCGUGCAGGUGGUGCUUUUGGCAUCCUUGCCGCAUUUUUGGCCUGGUACAAUGCCCUUGCAGGUAUCGCAGACACCUCGAACAGCUUCUUCAUCGUCCCCGUCAUCCACUUCCCCUGGUCGGAGAAGGGUAGGGCGGCUCGCAACGACGACAAGGAUAGCUCCGUCUAA